CUUAAGAUGGCGGCCGGGCAGCCGGUAUCCGAUCGGUGAGGAGAAAUAAAUAAUCGCGGGGCCGCCUUCCGGCCGGCGCCAAUUCUAUAGUUAGUGCUGCUUUGCGACCGGGUACGGGGAAGUCGGGGGGCUUGGAUCGUCGGCCGCGCUCAGUCCGUCAGAAGCGGCGCUUCUCUGGGAGAUGCUCUCUCCGCUCCGCUCCCACCCCGCUGAGCUACGGCGGCGGCUGCCCCUUCGCGGUACCCGGGGAGCGAGAUGCCGCCGGGGAGCGUCUGGUGUGUAGGCCGCGCGUCCUUCCUGCGCCCGAGCCGGCGGCGCUGAAAGAAAAGAUGUGGAGCGGGCUGCUACCUCCUGGCUUAAACGAAAGUGAUGCUGAGUUAGAUUCUGAAGAUGAAGCCACAGUAGAGAAUUCUGGACCUAAUUUACAGGAAGAUAAAGAAGAUACUGGGACCAGUAGAGAACCUGAAACUUCAGAUUGCCUGACAGAUGGGCCUCAAACUUCAGAGUCAAAUGUAAAUGCAUAUGAAGAGUGUCCCUCUGGGAUUCCUGUAGAUAUGUGGAAGAAAUUUCAAGAAUUGCAUAAAAAACAUUCUGAACAGAAAACCGCAAGUUCAGGACUCAGAGAGAAGAGAAGAAAACGAUCCAGAAAAGGUAAAUCAAAGAAUGAAGCAGAAUUUCAGAGCAACCAGCCCCCCAAGGAGGCCCAGUGGACAGAGCUUACUCAGUAUUUUGGAAUCAAUGAGAGGUUUGACCCUCCUGUUAAACAGAAAAAGGUUGAGAAGUCGGGUCUCGAAAAGCGCAUAGACCAGGCUGUGGAUGAGUGGGACAUUGAGAAAGCCGAGGAGCUCAGCAACCAGCUUGCUACUCGAGAGCUUGGUGUAAAAUUUGCAAAAGCAGUUGCCUGCCAUAAGUUUAUGAAAGCCAAAAAAGAAGCCGAAAAUUCACAGGCUGCUCGAAAAAAGAAGAAACUUGCAUGGGGGUUUGAGGCAAAGAAGAGAUGGGAGACCAAAAGCAACAUGGGGUACAUGUGACUUGCCAGCAUUCAGCCGUGCGAGGCUUGAGUUUACUGGACUGUUGCUCAGUUCACUGCAAAGAUGCUCCUGCUGUGCUAAAUAUAUCUGGAAAUCGAUAGAAAGAGGUGAAAAUAAGCAUAAAAUGUGAGAGUUUAUUAUCAAAUUGCUUCAGUCCUUUCCUAAAGAGUUCAUUCUAUUGAAGUGAAUGAACAGCACAUUCUGUUUCUUAUGCAAGAAAUUGAAGCAUAUAUACAUGGGCAGAAGAUAAGAAUGUAUUUAUUUAUUUACAUAGUCCUCCAGUAUAAAAUCAAUUUUACUUUUCAUCCAUCUGGUAUUGCAUAGCCCAUGAACUUCUUUUGCUUUCUUAUCUGUACUUAGUGUAACUGCAUUCAAUCUGAAAAUCUUGAUUUUUUGAGUGGCAUUUGUUUAUAAUGGAUUAGUGCAAGAAAUUUUCAAUUGAUUAUUGCUUUUGCAAAUGAUUUUUAUUAUCUUCAUGUUAUAAAAGUAAUUUUUGAUUCUUUACUGGAGGUAGUAGUGUUGUAUUUUAGUCAUCAAGUAAAGCAAUUAUUUUUGUGGACCUUUAUUUAAAUAAAAUAUUAUAA